GCCGCCAUCUUGAAAAGUGCCCUCCGAUGAUAUACCUUUUCGCGCCUGUCAGAAUCAGUUUUAAACGCUUUAUUUUCCUCGCCGGAAUUUUGUGUUAUCUCUGUAUUGGGUUUUGUAAAGCUCGGGGCUAAUGGCAAGAUAAGCUACAUGCUGGAGACUCGUCGUUUGCCGUUGUCUGUCGGUGUGUGCUGUUGAACUGCUGUAUGUGUGCCGUUUGUCAGUCUGUCCAUCACCGCUGUCUGCCUGCCUGUCCGUCCGGCUAGCCUGGAAUGGGCCACAACUCCCAAAGACUAGAACACACCUCUUUCUAACCUGAGCUCCGCCACCUGGACUCCAACAAACACACAGCCAACAUGUUUUGGAAAUUUGACCUCCACACCACGUCCCACAUCGACACGCUGCUAGAGAAGGAGGAUGUGACGCUGACGGAGGUCAUGGACGAAGACGACGUCCUGCAGGAGUGCAAGGCCCAGAACCACAAACUGGUGGACUUCCUGCUGAGACCACAGUGCAUGGAGGACCUGGUCACCUUCAUCACACAGGAACCCUGCACUGAUGUUGAGGAGAAGGUUAAAUACAAGUAUCCCAACAUAUCCUGUGAGCUGCUUACAUCAGAUGUGGGUCAGAUCAACGACAGACUGGGAGAGGACGAGAAACUGCUGAUGAAACUUUACAGCUUCCUCCAGAACGAGCCGCCUCUCAACCCGCUCCUGGCCAGCUUCUUCUCCAAGGUCCUGUCCAUCCUCAUUGGACGCAAGCCUGAACAGAUAGUGGACUUUCUGCGGAAGCGCGAGGAUUUCGUCGACUUGAUGAUCAAACACAUCGGGACGUCGGCCAUCAUGGACCUGCUGCUCAGAAUGCUCACCUGCAUCGAACCACAACAGCUACGACAGGAUGUACUCAACUGGCUGAAUGAAGAGAAGGUGAUUCAGAGACUUGUGGACAUGGUACAACCUUCUCAAGAUGAGGAUAGACACUCCAAUGCCUCCCAGUCGCUGUGUGAGAUCAUCAGACUGAGCAGAGACCAGAUGUUCCAGGUCCAGGGUUGCUCAGAGCCCGACCCACUACUGUCCACACUUGAAAAGCAAGAGACAGUGGAGCAGCUGCUGUCUAAUAUCUUCGACAAGGACAAGAAUGAUUCUGCAAUUGUCAGUGUUAUCCAGAUCCUCCUCACAUUGUUUGAGACAAGGAGACCAGCGUUUGAGGGUCAUAUGGAGUGUCCCCCUGGGAUGUCCCACCCGUCAUUCUCAGUCAACCACAGCAUCUUGGAGGCUGUAAGACCCCGACUCAAAGACUUCCACCAGCUGCUACUGGAACCCCCAAAGAAGAAUGUGAUGAAGACGACGUGGGGGGUGCUGGACCCUCCUGUGGGCAACACCAGGCUCAAUGUGGUCAGACUGGUGGCCAGUCUGUUGCAGAGCAACACACACAGCAUCAACACGGAGCUCAUUAACCUCAACACACUGGGAGUCAUACUAGACAUGUAUUUCAAAUACAUCUGGAACAACUUCCUCCACAUUCAGGUGGAGAUCUGCACAGCCAUGAUUCUGGCUAUGCCCCCUGCCCCCACUGACAUCCAACCAGAGACGGAGCAGGAACAUGCAAGAGAGAGCAUCCUCAUCAAACAUCUGUUUCAAAAGUGCCAGUUUAUACAGAGAAUUGUAGAUGCCUGGAGCUCCAAUGAGAAAGAACAGGCGGAAGGUGGUCGGCGACGAGGUUACAUGGGUCACCUCACCAGAAUAGCCAACUCUAUAGUUCAUAACUGUGACAAAGGCCCUAACGGACCGCAGAUACAACAGCUCAUCUCUGAGCUUCCAGCGGAGGACAGAGAGAAAUGGGAGGCCUUUAUUUCUGGGCAGCUGGCUGACACAAACAAGAGAAACACUGUUGACCUGGUGAACACACACCACAUCCACUCUUCAAGUGACGAUGAGGUGGACUUUAAAGACAGCGGCUUUCACCAGGACUCCUCUCUACAACAAGCCUUUUCUGAUUAUCAGAUGCAACAAAUGACGUCCAAUUUUAUUGAGCAGUUCGGCUUCAAUGAUGAAGAGUUUGCUGAUCAGGACGAUGUUGUGGAUAUUCCCUUUGAUAGAAUAUCAGACAUCAAUUUUUCUCUGAAUACAAAUGAAAGUGCAAAUAUAGCUUUGUUUGAGGCACGCUGUAAGGAGAAGAUCCAGCAGUUUGAAGAUGCUGGUUCAGAUGAGGAGGAUAUCUGGGAUGAAAAAGAUGUCACCUUCGCACCAGAGGCACAGAGACGCCCCAGGAGUUCGGGCAGCACAGACAGUGAAGAGAGCACAGACUCUGAGGAGGAGGAUGUGAAGAGAGAUCCAUUUGAAGCCCCCAACCCCAGCACCGAUGACAGAAUGGAGGUCGACACAGGGCCAGUGUGGACAGCCAACUUCGAUGACAUCCCCAUGGACACAGGUACCUCCACAGCUCCAGCUUCAAGCCCCAGCAACCCUGCUCCCUCCUCUCCUCUGUCCCCCUCCGCCACCUCCACAGAAGCCCUGUCAGAUUCAUCAUGGAGCUCCUCUCCUAAUGCUGCCUCCAGCACUGAAACAACAGGCUGGGCUGAUUUCUCCAACUUCACCCCCAUCAGUCCCAAAGACCCUCUGAGGUGCAACUCUCCUGUUGCCAUGGAAACCAGCAUAGAGACAGGGGACCCGCUGGGGGUCAAUGCACCCAUGCAGCCUGAAGAAUGUGACGGCUGGUUGGGAACCAGCGCGGCUUCACCCUCCUCCACCACCUCUAAGGAUUGUGGGAGAUCUAAAGCAGAGGAGGAAAUGACCUGCAACGAGCAGCGUAGCAUCACAGAGACGGUCAUCAACGGCUCCAUGAAAGAAACAGUCAGUCUCACUGUCGACGCCAAGACUGAGACCGCCGUCUUCAAAAGUGAUGAAGAGAAGAACACCUCUUCAGACAAAUACUCAGCAGGGGAGUGUCAGGAUUCAGAGAGGACAGGAGUCAACAGCUCAGCCGCUGCCUGCUGUCCCAAAACAGGUGAGAAGUGUCGGUCUACUGCGGAGCUUCCCAAUGGUCCUCUAGAGGACAUGUCAGCCAUAGAGGAGGCCAAAUUGGACCAGAGUGCGUCCUCAGAGCCAACCGUCAACGGGCCGGCGUGAAGGUCGCCUAGUGACAGCCAAUGGCCAGCCUGUUCUGCCAUGCAGGGCCCUCCUCCUGGCCAUUCAGCGGAGGCCACUGCUCAGAGCUGUACCAAUCACACGCCCCCACCAGGACCAGCAAUACUCCCAUCGGCUCAUCAC